AUGACCCUUUUCCAGACCUCUUGGCAUGCAGCGGUCGCAGCAUUUGCAAAGCGGCAACCCUACGUCGAUUUGAAGGCCGGCGGACCAGCCAGGAGAACAAUCCUGUUGGAAUACACCGAGCCUUUCGCGCUGUCUUGGUAUGCGGCGGUUAAAAACCAGCAUUAUUUGCUCGCCGCUUGUAUGCUCUCGUCGGCAACUUUGGUAUUUCUGGUCGUUCCAUUGACCUCCUUCCUCUUCACAACAGCACAGCCCAAUUUACAAAGUCCGCUUUCCUUAUCGGCGGAGACAGCUUUCAACACUAGCAUCCUCGGUCAAUAUCCAUCUUAUCCAAAUCUGAGGUUCAUGGACACGGCAGCAGCCAUUCACAUUCAAGGAGCCAAUCCACCCCCGUGGACUGACGGCCGGCAUGCGUUCCCGACAGUGGCUGCAUUGAAUUCCUUCAGAGGAGGCAACGUGACCUUCGAUAGUUUGGCGUAUUCUGCUCAUGCUGAAUGCGUGCAUCUACAGGAAAGGUCGUACCGAAAACUGAUCCAAAGGCCGGAGGACACGGGUCUUCCGGCCAUAACUGUCUCCGUAUUUGCUAAUGACCGCGGUUGUCGAAUCUCGACAAGUUCCAAUUUCCGGCUGAGUCCUGGCGCUCCCAAAAUUUCCAUCAACAGCUGGAGCACAACGACUUGUCCUCCACAUGCAGGCUGGAGCCGUUUCAGCUUUCUCGUUGCUCAGGUCACAGAAAGCCAAGAGAUUGUAAACCUCAGCCUUGUAUCUUGCGCCCCGUCCUAUCGGACGAGCGACGGGAAUGUGACGGCAAGUUGGGAAGUACAGUCCUCUGCUCCAGUCAUAACGUCAUUCCAGGCUGCCAAUAUUUCCGAGUCGAGGUCCGACAGCAUAUGGAGGUUCUUCGAAAUGGGUUUCCAGGCUGCAGGCUGCUAUGAUCCUCGUGCUGAUGUUGACACAAAUGAGUUUGGCAGGCAAGUAUAUCGUCUUGCAAGUCACAAAUCAUCCGCAUCGGCAUUGGGCCCCCAGACAAUCAUCGAAUCUGCCCAGGCCAUGUUUACCACAAUGUAUUCGAUCUUUGCCAAUCUAUAUCUUCUGCAACCGACCGAUGCGCCGACCACGACCGUGGGGACGACAUUUGUCCAGCCGACUCGACUGAUUGUCGUAUCACCAAUUGCAUAUAUCAUUGUGAGCAUAUUACUUAUUGUUGCUCUCUUGAAUGUGGCACUCUUAGUCUAUGAGAGACAGGAUUCGAUCUUGGAUGAGGAGCCCGUUGGACUUCUAGGUGCUGCUUCGAUUCUCCACGGAAGCGAAGACAUCGAGGCCGCCGUGCGCGAAACUAAGAAGGCUCCUACAUAUGAAAAUAGAGUUGUGCUGACUGCCUUGGAUGACCCUUCUAAGCAGUUUAAUGGAUAUAUCUGGAAGUAUAAGCAGGGAAAGUUGGUGCGAGACUUGGCUUCGAGCUCUCAAAAUCAGAAUCUCUCGAGCUCGUAUGUUAUGGAAAAUUUGCCCCAGGAACAAGGACAACGUACCGACAUGCGUCCCAGAGAUAUAUAA